GCCGUCGGGCUCGCGCCAAUCGCAGCGCGGUGUGGCCGCGGAGUGCUGGGGUCAGAGCAGGCCCCACUGCCGGCCUACUCCCUCCUUCCCUCACUCCCUCCCCGGGCCAUGGCGGCGCGGGGCUGAGACGUCCGGCUCUCUGCGUCUCGUGCGACGCAGGUUUUUUGUAUGCAUGGUGCAGAAAAAAUGAAUUCUACUAUGAGCGAGGAGCCUGAUGCACUCUCUGUAGUUAACCAACUUCGAGAUCUAGCAGCUGAUCCAUUGAACAGACGGGCCAUUGUUCAGGAUCAAGGAUGCCUGCCAGGUCUUAUUUUGUUUUUGGACCAUCCUAACCCUCCAGUUGUUCAUUCAGCUUUACUAGCUCUCCGCUAUUUGGCAGAGUGCCGUGCCAACAGAGAAAAGAUGAAGAGUGAAUUGGGUAUGAUGCUCAGCUUACAGAAUGUAAUACAAAAGACCACUACGCCAGGAGAGACUAAACUUUUAGCCUCUGAAGUCUAUGAUCUCCUUCAGUCUUCCAACAUGUCAGACAUGGACAAUGUGAAUGAGAUGAAUUAUCGUCGACGGAAAGCACAGUUUUUCCUUGGCAGCACAAAUAAGCGUGCCAAAACAGUGGUUUUGCAUAUAGAUGGCCUUGAUGAUUCGUCUCGAAGGAAUCUUUGUGAAGAAGCAUUGUUGAAAAUUAAAGGUGUUAUUAGUUUUACCUUUCAAAUGGCUGUUCAAAGGUGUGUGGUCCGAAUUCGCUCAGACUUAAAAGCAGAGGCAUUGGCAACGGCAAUAGCAUCAACAAAAGUUAUGAAGGCACAGCAAGUCGUAAAGAGUGAAAGUGGUGAGGAGAUGCUCGUUCCGUUCCAAGAUACUCCAGUGGAAGUAGAGCAGAAUACAGAUCUACCUGAAUAUUUACCAGAAGAUGAAAGCCCUACUAAGGAACAGGACAAAGCAGUGUCUCGUGUUGGGUCACACCCAGAAGGUGCAGCAAGUUGGCUCAGCACGGCAGCAAACUUUCUAUCAAGAUCUUUCUACUGGUGACUUGUAUUUGGUGUUAAAAGACUGUGAAUGAACCAACAGGGGGGCCAGUUUUCCAUUGGUGUGGUGAACUGCCAAGUGCAAUUUGCAAUAAAUCAUCACAAAAAUUUUAGAUUAAGCAAAUGUAUGCUGCAUUUUACAUUUUAUUGGACGUUUAGCAUGAUAGGGCAGGAGUCAAAGGGCGGAGGUCUCCAGUAAAAUUGUUUUUUCAUUUGUUUUUCAUGUAGAUUUUAUUGCUUCACUUUUUAAAAAUGGGUCCACUGUUAAAUACCAAAUGUAUAUGCAUAUAGAGCUUUAAGUUUGACUUCACGUGGAACACAUGAUAGGGAGAAUCCAUUUAACUUAAGUCUCAGGGCCUCCGUGAAAGAAAAUUCUUAAUAGCUCUUGCUGUGCAUUAAAUAAAAUGCCCUUUUUAUUUCCUCAUCCCUUUGGACUAGUGUUAUUUUGUUUAAUUUUCUAGAUCUUGACUCCAGAGAAAAUUAUAGCCUGCCUUUUUUUGCCCUUAUUUUUGCCAACCGUGUUCACAGUGUGAGCAUGACAUUUCCCUUUUACUGGUAAACUAGAAUCACUACAGACUUGAAAUUUAUAACCCUCUUAUGUAUACUGAAUUUUUUUUCCAGCCUGCCCUUAACCAUUGGAGUGCUUGGGAGUAAGAAAUAAGGGAUUGAAUAAACACAAAUAUGUAUACAUUGUACAGUAAAAUAAACUAGUACAUAUUUGUAAUGAUGGGUGUGACUGACUGAUAUAUAUAACUACUAAAUACCACUGACUGCUGUUUAGGCUAGCCGGGAAGACUAUGGCAAAGAAGCUGUGGUCUAGUAUAGUGAUGGCCCAUUGCGGCUCUGU